UUCGGCUAACCUCCGAGGGAAACUUGUGUCUUCUUAGAACAAAAUGUUUCCUAAAAUUAAUUCAACUAAAGCAUGCAAAUCAAUUCAAGUUUCCUAAAAUAUACCUGAAAAUAUGUUUCCUCCAAUUUCUACCCCUAAUUCUGCCCAAUAACAUAAAGGUUUCUAGAAUACACUGAAGUUCAAAAAGCUUCUCCUUGCAGUUUUCACAUGCUCAUAAUUCAGAGUGCUGCUCUAUAAUUAUAGUUUCUUCUGCAAAAAAAUUCAUUCUGUUUCACGCUCUCUCAUUCAUGGAUAACCAAAACUCAGACAACGCAAAGCCGAAUCCGGAUCAAGUUGUUCUCUUUAUAGAUGAACCAACCACAAAAACCAGGCAAGAAUCAACUGAUCCGACUUUCCAAAACCCAACAAGAAACAAGAGCUUUCGGGGCCUCAGCUUUUCCAAACCCAAAUCCCGUUUUGCAGAAAAAAACUAUCCUCUCCCUCUCAAAUCCGAAGAAAUCCAACCCUUAAACCCAGAAGAUAACACCUCAUCUGAUGACGAGGAAGAGUGGUUUAAGAACUUUGAAUGCGAAGAAGAUGGUGAAGAUUACAGACAAGCCAAGUUACGCAAAAGAAAGAAAAGAAAGAUCAACAAGAGAGCCUUGAUUGAGUUCAUUUUGUUUCUCAUCAUCUUGACAUGUUUGAUAUGCUCUUUAACCCUCAAAUCAUUCAAACAUAAAGUUCAAUGGGGGUUGGAGUUAUGGAAAUGGUGCCUCAUGGUUAUGGUUCUCUUUUGUGGGCGGCUUGUUUCCGGAUGGUUGGUAGCCUUGCUCGUCUUUAUCAUUGAGCGUAAUUUCAUGCUACGAGAAAAGGUUUUAUAUUUUGUUUAUGGAUUGCGCAAGAGCUUUCAAAAUUGUGCAUGGCUAGCAUUUGCGUUAGUUUGUUGGAUGAUUAUGUUUCCAAAUGUUCACAAGCAUAAUUCCGUUCUCAAGAAAGUGUUUCGCACUCUUAUCGCUGUGCUUAUUGGCGCCACAAUCUGGUUGUUAAAAAUAGUUUUGGUUAAAGUUCUUGCUUCUUCAUUUCAUGUGGCGACCUUCUUCGAUCGCAUGAAGGAGACGGUUUUCCACCACUAUAUUCUUGAUACUUUAUCCGGGCCUCCGUUGGAUGAGACCGAAAUUGAAACGCCACGACUGCGGGCUCUUCAUGCGUCGAAAUCUAUGCCGGCCAAGCUGAGAAACGGUGCUACGAGAACGUUUUCGAAGAAGUUCGGGUCGAGGAGGAUUGACAUGGAGAGGCUAAAGAAACUGAGCAUGCACAGCAGGGCCACGGCAUGGAAUGUGAAGAGGCUACUUAAGUACGUGAGAUCAUCAGGAUUGUCGACAAUUUCUAACACUGUGGAUGAAUUUGAGGCUGCAAAGUCGGAGAUUCAUAGUGAAUGGGAAGCAAGGACAAGUGCUCAGAGGAUCUUCAAGAAUGUUGCAAAGCCAGGUGCCAGGUUUAUAGAAGUGGAAGAUCUUCUAAGAUACUUAAAGAAAGAUGAAGUUCAUACUAUUUUCCCUUUAUUCGAAGGAGCACUCGAAACUGGGAGGAUCACUAAGUCUUCUUUUCGAAAUUGGGUGGUACAUGCAUACAUUGAGCGCAAAUCUUUGGCCCAUUCCUUGAAUGAUACAAAAACAGCAGUUCAACAACUUCACAAAUUGGCUAGUGCAAUUGUGAUAGUAAUAAUUAUAGUGGUGUCACUUUUGGUUUUGGGAGUGGCCACCACUAAGGUAAUAUUCGUGGUUACAUCACAGUUGCUGCUGGUGGGAUUUAUGUUUCAAAACACUUGCAAAACCAUCUUCGAAUCCAUCAUUUUUGUGUUUGUCAUGCACCCUUUUGAUGUUGGUGAUCGUUGCGUCGUUGAUGGUGUACAGAUGAUUGUGGAAGAAAUGAACAUAUUGACUACAGUGUUCUUACGUUAUGAUAUGGAGAAGAUUUACUACCCCAACUCCGUUCUUCUCACAAAGCCCAUCAGCAAUUUCCGGAGAAGCCCUGAAAUGGGAGAUAGCGUUGAUUUCACCAUUGAUGUCUCCACUCCUGCUGAUGACAUUAAUGCAAUGAAGAAAGCUAUACAAGUAUAUAUAGAGAGCAAGCCAAAGUACUGGAACCCAAAACACGCAGUGGUAGUGAAGGAAAUUGAGAAUAUGGACAAGAUGAAUAUGAUAUUGUGUGUUCAACACACCAUGAACCAUCAGAAUUAUGGGGAAAAGAGCAAUCGACGAUCAGAGUUGGUACUUGAAUUGAAGAGGAUAUUUGAGAACCUGGGCAUUAGGUAUAAUCUCCUGCCUCAAGAGUUACAUGUCACACAACUCAACUUGAACAAUAAUGGAAGAUUGUUGUCUUGAUGAUGUAAUUAAUGUCUCCCUCCCUAGGUACGCAUCAAUGAACAAUUAAGUAGUAGUGUUAAAAUUGGUCACUGAUAUCUGGCUUUUUUAUGAAAACCUAAUCAAUGUACUUUAUAUAUGUAAGACUGAGAGAAUGCUUUUGUUCAUGAGUAGAUGAUAAAGCUUGAUUUAUAA